AUGGGUCGCUUGGGUGAAGCGGUAUCUUCUCAAACAAGUGUCUUUUUGGGAUGUGCGGGACACCAGUGCGGGUUCAUGGGUGUGGAGGAAGUUACUCAAACUGAGACCUUUGGCGAAAACCUUCCUGCGUCCUGCAGAGACCCUGGUAUUCAUUUACUCGUGGACCAGAUAAAAGCUUUCCCUAUAGUGUUAUCUACUGAUACUGAGGACGCAGCUCUCUGGAAGAAGGAUGUGAAUGAGUUCCAGAAGGUUUUCACAGCGCACAAUACUUGGAAUCUGAUCCGAAUGCAAAAGGUGGUGCAACCAUGGAGUAGGAUUGUCUGGUUUCCGCAAAAUGUUCCUAGAUUUGCGUUUGUAGCGUGGCUUGCAAUAAAGGACAGGUUAGCUAUGAGGCAUCGUUUGAGCAGCUGGGGUCAAGGGCUAGCCUGUGGUUGUGUCUUCUGUGGUGGACCUGAUGAGAUUAGAGACCAUCUAUUUUUUGCUUGCCCCUAUACGUUCACCCUAUGGAUUGACGUCGUUGGCUCUCUAAUGGGCACAUCCCCUGAUCCUGAUUGGUACAUCACACUAGAACAACUUGAUCAUCGUUCGCAUGACAGGUUAACUACUAUCCUACUCCGUUUGGCAUACCAGGUGACUAUCUACUACAUCUGGAGAGAGCGGAAUGAAAGAAAGCACAACAACAUAGCAAAGCCUGUCCGGCAACUUGCUCGCAUUGUUGACAAAACCAUUCGCAGUCGUAUUAUGUCUACCAGAUACUACAAGAAGCCUAAGUUGAGAGGACUCCUCCAAAGAUGGUUCACAAUACGACUUAGUACAGCUUAA